UCCUUUGGUCUUUGGCAGGUUUCAACACAAGCUUUCCCCAAUAACUUGACAGACUUGUUGGAGGAGUUGGCAACACGUUGAGUGAAAGUGAUAUAUCUGACGUCAUCAAACUUGUUGAGGUUUCUUUUUUAGAAAAAGUUCUGAAUCGUAACAACAAUCCAUUUUCAUCAAAGUUACGUUCUGAAAGUGUUUAGGGUCAAACAGUAACCUGAUUGUUUCAUUUUAGCCAAUCCUCUCAUUCGUACAUGAUUAAGGAUACAUUUAGUGAAAAUAGUGCUAUGGCAAUUCGAGAGAGAAGUGCUGUUUAGAACGUUUCACACAAAUUCAUCUCUAUAAGGUUUUUUAAUGUGUUUUCAUUAAACUGAAAAGAGCAUUUAUCUUGCUGGUCCAAGACAUUGAGGCAAGAAAAACCUGUUGACAAGGUUUGCUUCAUAGUAACGUUUAGACAAAGCAUGGUGUAGGUACGCAGCGAAUUUCAAACUUUAAUACCUGUUCAGCAAAUUUGGCAAAUUGCGCUUUAUGGACUGAAAAACUCUGAGGCUCCCGUCUACAAAGUAACUAAACGAAACCAUGAGGCAUCAGGUGGAAAAUAAUUGUCCUUAAUUCAUACAUACGACUAGAGAUGUAUUCCACAUUUACAAAAUGUUCUGAAUAGCCAGAGAGAGAACGGGGAGAAAAGAACUGCGCGUUCGAGUUGGGCUAUGCACUAAAGUAGUUGUGAUAGGACUUUACUAUAGUAGUAGAGACAAGUCUUUGGUUUCGAUUUGUACUAUGUACUGAAAUAGUAGUGAUAAAUGUGCAUUAUCUAGUUGGACUAUGCACUGAAGUGGACAAGUCUAUAUUUCCAAAUUGGGACAUGUACUGACGUGUACACAUCUAAAUUCUCAAAUUGGGCUAUGUAUUGAAGUGGACAAGUCUAUAUUCUCAAAUUGGGCUAUGUAUUGAAGUGGGCAAGUCUAUAUUCUCAAGUUGGGAUAUGUACUGAAGCAGUAGUAAGACUUCGGUGACUCUGACGUCAUGCUCAACUCCACGCCGAACGUGACUCUUGGCUCGGCCACGUCCAGCCUCCAGCAGGCCGCCCACCACGUCUUCGAGUCGACUAGCGUCCUGAUCCUGCCCCAGGACAACUCCUCCGACUACCCGACAGACGGCCUGCAGCAUGGAGACUUCUUCCCACCCCCCACCGGACCCCUGCUCAAUUUCCACGAGUGGUUCCUCAAGGUGCACGGUUACGCCAGCGUUGUCGUCUGUGUGUUCGGCAUCUUCACCAAUGUCUUCAACAUCACCGUUCUCAUGGCCAGGGACAUGCGGACUGCCACCAAUUACCUCCUGACUUUUCUGGCUGUGUCGGAUAUUCUAACAAUGUUACCAUAUAUUCCCUACACGAUACACUUCUACUGCCCGACCACAAACCCGUACGAGACCCCGUGGAAGUAUUCUUAUGGGUGGAUCCUUUACAUGCUGAUAGUAAUCAAUCUCGCAGCCACGACCCACACCAUCUCUAUCUGGCUGGCUGUGACCUUGGCCGCAUUUCGAUUUAACCAAAUUCGGUCGCCAUGCCCCAGCGGCCCUUUGGCCAGAAAGAAGCGGAUUCGACAGGUAAAAGUAGCCACGCUCAUCAUUUACGUGACCUCUAUCGUGGCGCUGAUCCCUAACUAUAUCAAUAACGAGAUAGAACCAGUCCCACUGUGGGGCAACUAUUCUGCUUAUGGACUGAAAGAAAAAAAGCUGGGCAGUCCUCAGGAUGAUGUUUUCGUGUUUGCGAACGUUCUCACGUACGCCGUGUUGGCCAAAAUCAUACCCUGCAUUCUGAUUCUCGUGUUCAGCGGCUCGCUUCUGUACCACAUGGCAGUGAAGACAGCCCGACGGAGACAGAGGCUGAGCGCUAACCGCCAGCACGCGAGCACCACACGGAUGUUGCUGGUCGUUCUCGUCUUGUUCGUCAUCACAGAGCUACCCCAGGGCAUCAUGUUCAUCCUCAUCGCCACAGUGCCCGGGUUCUAUCACAACGUGUAUUACCAGCUGGGCGACCUCACCGAUUUCGUCGCUCUCCUCAACAACGCCGUCAACUUCAUUCUCUACUGCCUGAUGAGUCAGCAAUUCCGGGAUAAGUUCUUCGCCAUCUACAUCAAGCCUUUAUGCGAACGCAGGAGAACCGUGAUUACGUCAACGUCUGAACUGCUCAUACUCCGAGAGCACGUGCCUCGCACGGUGACCACCACCACUCACGAGGACAACCUCACCCAAAAUAUGAAGGUAUGACGUCAGUCCUGCGGCCGGGGGAGGGCUAUAACUGAUGGUCUCACCCGCUCACCGCGCAGGGUGUCGAGAGCGACCAUCGAUGGCUUGCGGUUGGACCCGUUAGAGACUGGAUCUCACAUGUACCUCCAUCAGUGCGUCACGCCGUCGCCCAACCACAAACCCAGUGUCCAUCUGUUGGUGACCACGCCUGUGGACGGCUGUUACACGGACCACGACACAGCACUGUGAUCAUGUGCCAUGUUCUCCCAUUAGUUCAAAGUACCCUCCUAGCCUCCCUCGUUCGCUCUAGCAAUAUCAAGUACUCUAUAUUAUGUUUCUAUGACUUUCCAUUCCCUGAUUGUUAUGUUCUCUCAUAAUGUUCUCUCAUAUAAAUAUAAACGAAAAUAUACUCUCUCUCUCUCUCUCCCUCUCUCUCUCUCCCUCCCUCUCUCUCUCUCUCUCUCUCUCUC